AUGGAAACCACACAUGGACCAAACACUGUGGCUCCAACUACAUCAACUCAUGGAAAGGUUUCAUCAACUCCUGAAGAAUUCUCAAGUACUGUAAACCAACCAUCAACUUCAUUCACCUCUGAGUCGAUCUCAGAGACAGCUACAGCUGAUCAGAGAACAGGAACAACUGUAAAAAUAACAAAAAUAACAACUGAUUUGUAUAAUACUGCUGUCAGCGAGGUGAACUCGACCAAGGUGGACUCCACAAUAUCUGAAGAAUCGGGUAUUACAGCAAAAGGGAAUCUGACUUUAAGCAAUGAAGCUGAUCCCAAUGUGACAAAUGCCGAAGAAACCACAGUAUCUGAAUCGACUACAGUUUCGAAAACAUCAGGUGGUGAAUCCAGUAAAACAACAACGAGCCAAACACCGAUCGUAGAACCGGAAACCCCAGUAUCUGAAUUGACAACAGUUUCGAAAACAACAGAUGGUGAAUCCAGUAAAACAACAACGAGCCAAACACCGAUCGUAGAACCACAAACCCCAGUAUCUGAAUCGACAACAGUUUCGAAAACAACAGAUGGUGAAUCCAGUAAAACAACAACGAGCCAAACACCAAACCAAUCAACCAAACCCCAGUACUGA